UAGAGGGAGUCAGACACAGAGAAACACUUGCAGAGCCAUCCGGGAGCUAGGCAGCUCCUUCCUGGAUGCUGGGAACCCUUCACCUCUCUCCAGAUGAAAAGAUGACAUGACCUUGUGGCAGAACCCAGGACUGAGACCCCAGGAUGACAGAACCUGAGACCUUGGCCCUUUUGGAAGUGAAGGGGCCUGAGGCCCCAGAGAAGAGCCCACCUCAGACUCUGCUCCCCAAUGGCGAGCAGCCAGAAGAGAAAGGUGGAACUGAAUCCCCUGGAGUUGAGUCCCUCAGAGUGGGGUCUUCAGUUGGGUCUCCCACCAUCAGAGAGGGGGCUGAGGAUGGGCUAGACAGCACAGUAAGUGAGGCUGCCACUCUGCCCUGGGGGACUGACCCCCAGCCCAGUGCCCCAUUCCCUGACCCCCCGGGCUGGCGGGUCAUUGAGCCAGACCCUCUUGAGUCGGAACCACUCACCAAGCCAGAGGAGCUACUUGAAGAUGACAGCAACUUGCUGCCUGAGAAGGCCGCCCGGGCCAUUGUGCCCAUUGACCUACAGUGCAUUGAGCGCCGGCCCCAGGAGGACCUCAUUGUGUGCUUCGAGGCGGGGGAGGGUGAGCACCGCAACUUCCUGCCCCCUCGGGCCACCCAUCCUGAGCCCUCUGAGUGCAAGUGGGCCGAGGCCGUCAUGAGGCCACCUGGCCGGUCCUGCGGAGGCUGUGGAAGCUGUGGAGGCCGAGAAGGGCUGAGGGCCGUGGCCUCAGUGGGAGCUGCUCUCAUCCUCUUCCCCUGCCUGCUGUACGGGGCAUAUGCCUUCCUGCCUUUCGAUGCCCCACGGCUGCCCACCAUGAGCUCCCGCCUGGUCUACACACUGCGUUGCGGGGUCUUCGCGACCCUCCCCAUUGUGCUGGGACUCCUGGUAUAUGGCCUGAGCCUGCUGUGCUUUUCUGCACUACAUCCCUUUGGAGAGCCAAGGCGGGAGGUGGAGAUCCACCGGCAGUAUGUGGCCCAGUCCGUCCAGCUCUUCAUCCUCUACUUCUUCAACCUGGCUGUGCUUUCUACCUACCUGCCCCAGGACACCCUCAAGUUGCUCCCUCUGCUCACGGGGCUGUUCGCCAUCUCCAGGUUGAUAUACUGGCUGUCCUUCGCCGUGGGCCGCUCCUUCCGAGGCUUUGGCUACGGCUUGACAUUCCUGCCACUGCUGGCCAUGCUGGUGUGGAACCUCUACUACAUGUUCAUGGUGGAGCCUGAGCGCAUGCUCACAGCCUCCGAGAGCCGCCUGGACUAUCCGGACCAUGCCCGCUCUGCUUCUGACUACUGGCCACGCCCCUGGGGUUAAAUGGCUCUGACCCAGACACACCUUUCUCUACCUAGCUGCAGGCCCUGGCUGUGCCCCUAGCCAGAGGACCUUGGUGAGAGGAACCUUGCUGCCCCAUAAGGUUCUGUACAAUCAGAAAAUGGGCCCACCCUGGUUCUCUUUUUGCUUUGAGAGCCUGGGGCAGGUAUAAGGGAGGGUUGUUUUUUUUUUUUUUUUUGAGACAGGGUCUCACUAUGUAGUUGAGGCUGGCCUUGAACUCCUUGAACUCUCAGAGAUCCUCCUGCCUCAGCCUGCCAAGAGCUGGGAUUACAGGUGUGUGUUACUGUGGCUGGUGAGGAACAUUUUAUAGGGAAAGAUGUGGACAGCCAUAUCUCUAAAGGAUACUGAGGACAAGGGGCUAAGACAGGAAAAGGAUGGCUCCCUUCCUGAGCUCCUCCCACACUGCCUCCAGGGCCCCCAAUGUGUGGAUUUUGCCCUUCCCUAGCUUUCUGUGAGGCCUAACUCUCUCCACUUCUAUUCUAGUUGUGGAGGUAGGAACUUAAGGCCUGGAAACACUGCUCAUGUUCAAUGAAGACCUUCCUGGGGGCCUGGGUUCAAGACAUGCCACAGUAGCCUUAAGGGCCCGUUAGCCUCAGUCACCUAGUGGGAGCCACUCCUCCCAUCCGACCUGUGCAGGCCCCUGGGACCUCCCUCCGCCAGACUUCCCAGAAGUCACGCCUUCCACAGGAAGAGAAGAGUGGACAGGGAACCCUGUCUCCCAGAGCAGUGCGCAUGCGUGUGCAUGUGUAUACCUGUGUGUACCUGUACGCACAGUGCCUGGAGUGCAGGAAGGAGUGGCUGAGGCCAACCUAUUUUGAGCAGAUGUGUAUAACAAUAAAUCCCACUGCAGUCUUCA